ACAUUAAAGCUCGGUAGGACAAAAAGACAACUGAAACUUGACAGACAGCAAAGCAAAUCGACCUGCCGACCUGACUUCAUUGGACUGAUGACAGUGCAGACAUCUACUUAUUGCCCCUCUCAUAACACCGCCGCCGACGUCCAUAUUCCGACCCUCGGCUUCAGGCCAAAGAUGACUCGCCGCAUUGUCCGAACCGGCAUCCAGCUCGGUAUCCUUGCCUUCCUUGCUUUCCUCCUGGUCCUGUUCCUUGACAAUAGAUUCCGCGUGCUACCAGCUGCGGUCCAUAGCCACCUUCCUACCCAUUAUCCCGGCUUUGUCGUCACGGAUGUGACCAUUGCCACAUGUUCGGCACUAAACAUCUUCUCCAGCUGCACCCUUGAUCCGGCGGUGUGGCACAAGGUCGACAAAGACCUCUACCUGGGUUCAAGCUGGACGUCGGGUGCCUACCUGCACUUCCAAAGAAAGAGAGAGGAGGAACUUCUCGAAAAUGACAAGGUCGUCGUUGAUCUCCGGGUUAGCCGUCUCAAUCCAGCCGGGGCAGCUGCGAAAGAUGGAACCAAGCAGGCCGAAGAAUGGGAAUCCAGACCCGGCGGGAUCUGGCUGAAGCGGAGCGCUGAGCGCCACGCCAGCGAUUCAGAGCAGGUCCUCACUUCGGUGGACGUUCUUUUUGGCGCUGAUGCUGUCGACCCGCGUCCGCAGUGGGAGUUGAAGAGUACUCCGCUCCUCCUGGAUAGCAGGUCCGAGGCCCAGGAGGCGCGGCUGACGAUCCGUCGAGGGGUCCCACCCAAGAUCAAAAAGCCCGUCCCGAGGAUUAAUGAAAACGGGCGGUUUAAGAUUAUGCAGGCCGCCGAUUUGCACCUCAGCACCGGCCUUGGGAAGUGCCGGGACCCGGUUCCCGAGGAACUCGUCCCGGGCCAGGGAUGCGACGCGGAUCCCCGUACCUUGGACUUUGUAGAGAGACUCUUGGACGAGGAGAAGCCGGAUCUCGUUGUUCUCACGGGAGAUCAGGUAAACGGCGAAACUGCCAGAGAUGCGCAGAGCGCACUCUUCAAAUUCGUGAAGCCCCUCGUGGAUCGCAAGAUCCCGUACGCGGCCAUUUUCGGGAACCAUGACGACGAGGGCAAUCUCAGUCGGGAGGAGCUCAUGGCCAUCAUGGAGGAGCUCCCGUAUUCCUUGUCGUCAGCCGGUCCAGAAGAAGUAGAUGGCGUCGGCAAUUACAUUGUCGAAGUCCUGGGCCAGUCCUCUUCUACACAUUCCGCGCUGACGCUUUAUCUACUGGAUACGCAUUCGUACUCACCGGACGAGCGCCAAUUCCGGGGCUACGACUGGCUGAAACCCAGCCAGAUCAGGUGGUUCAAGAACAAGGCGCAGAGCCUGCGGAAGAAACACGAACAGUACACGCAUAUGCACAUGAACAUGGCGUUCAUCCACAUUCCACUUCCAGAGUACCGCAACUCGGACAAUUACUGGAGAGGAAACUGGUCGGAAGCGCCGACGGCUCCGGGAUUCAACUCGGGAUUUAAAGAUGCCCUCGUAGAGGAGAACGUCCUCUUUGUUAGUUGUGGACACGACCACGUGAAUGAUUACUGCAUGCUCGAGAAAGAUGACAAAGGGAAACCAAACCUGUGGAUGUGCUACGGUGGCGCCGCCGGGUUUGGCGGUUACGGGGGAUAUGGGGGUUACGUGCGGCGGAUGCGCUUCUUUGAGCUCGACAUGGGUCCUGGCCGGGUGGUGACGUACAAACGGCUGGAGUGGGGAGAUACGGAAUCCCGCGUCGACGAGAUGAUGAUCGUGGAUGGAGCGGCGGUGAAGGGGGUUGGAGAGAGCCAGGGCGGAAGUCAUUAA